CAACAUUUUCAACAUAUCAUUCAUCUAUUUUCAAAAAAAUACACAAUGACUUUAACACUUCGUUCUUCAAUUUCUUUCAUCAUUCAGAAAGAAACCAAGUUCCUUAAAACCUUUGAUGAUGUCUCUUCCACUCUCACCUUUGCAAAGAUUAAACCAUCUUUCCGUCUCAAAGCCAAGAGUUCUAUGCAAAUAGCACACACCUUCAAGUCUGAUGAAAAAUGGGAGCAGGUGCAUGCUCCAUCAAUUGUUCAUAGUAACCAUGAUAAUUCAAAGAAGGUACCAGUUUUUGUGAUGCUUCCAUUGGAUACAGUAACAAUGGGAGGAAACUUGAACAAGCCAAGAGCAAUGAAUGCUAGUUUGAUGGCUUUGAAAAGUGCUGGAGUUGAAGGGGUGAUGGUUGAUGUUUGGUGGGGUUUGGUUGAAAAAGAUGGACCUUUCAAGUAUAACUGGGAAGCUUAUGCUGAGCUUGUGCAGAUGGUGCAAUUGCAUGGUUUGAAGCUUCAAGUUGUUAUGUCUUUUCAUCAGUGUGGAGGAAAUGUUGGAGAUUCCUGCAGUGUUCCUCUACCUCCAUGGGUGAUGGAAGAGAUCAGCAAGAACCCUGACAUUGUUUACACAGACAGAUCAGGGAGGAGAAAUCCUGAGUACAUAUCAUUGGGAUGUGAUUCAGUGCCUGUUCUAAAAGGAAGAACUCCCCUCCAAGUGUAUGCUGACUACAUGAGGAGCUUUCGUGACAGAUUCAGUGAUUACUUGGGCAGUGUCAUCUCGGAAAUACAAGUAGGAAUGGGUCCAUGUGGGGAGCUGAGAUAUCCAUCAUAUCCAGAAAGCAAUGGAACUUGGAGGUUUCCUGGAAUUGGAGAAUUCCAAUGUUAUGACAAGUAUAUGAAAGCAUCCUUGGCAGCAGCAGCCGAGGCCAUCGGAAAGAAGGAAUGGGGAGGAGGUGGACCCCAUGAUUCUGGCCAGUAUAAUCAGUUUCCGGAGGAUACUGGAUUUUUCAGAAAAGAUGGAACAUGGAACUCUGAAUAUGGACAGUUCUUUCUGGAAUGGUACUCCGGUAAAUUGCUAGAGCACGGUGAUAGGAUCCUUGUAUCAGCCAAAGAAAUAUUCCAGACAUCUGGUGUGAAACUAUCUGGUAAAGUUGCGGGAAUCCAUUGGCAUUACAGAUCAAGGUCGCACGCAGCUGAACUAACUGCUGGUUACUAUAACACUAGACAUAAUGAUGGGUAUCUUCCAAUUGCCAAAAUGUUUGCAAACCAUGACGUUGUCUUCAAUUUCACCUGCAUGGAAAUGAAAGACAGAGAACAACCUGGACAUGCUAACUGUUCGCCAGAAGGGUUAGUUCACCAAGUCAAGAAGGCAACAAAAAUGGCUAAUAUAGAACUUGCUGGGGAAAAUGCACUGGAGAGAUAUGAUUCAGGUGGAUAUGCUCAAGUUUUGUCAACAAGUAUGUCAGACUCCGGCAGUGGAUUGGCUGCAUUUACAUACUUGAGAAUGAACAAGAAGUUGUUUGAAGGUGAUAAUUGGCGGCACUUAGUGGAUUUUGUAAGAAAUAUGUCUGAAGGCGGUCGGAGACAACGACUUCCAGAUUCUGAUUCACGCGGAAGUGAUAUUUAUGUUGGGCACAUCGAGAAAACUAAGGAGCAAAAACAAGAGGGUGAGGCUAUUCUUGUUUGAACACAUAUUAGCAUGUUUGUUCAGGCAUCUCGUGUAUGUUCAGAACCAUCAUACAAUGUUUUUUAUAGGAAAGACGAUGACAAUAUAGAAAAAAGUGGAGAAAUGAGUUAGAGUUAUGAUGUGUAUACAUAGAACAAUGGCCUAAGCCAUGCCAAAACUAGAGAUCCAUGAGAUAUUAUUUUAUUUGAUUAUGUAUAUAUAACUCCAUUUAUAAAGGAGACAAACUUUAUCUGCUUACGGUAAAGAAUCAAAUAUACUGGUAUUGGUCUCUAUUCAGUA